AUGGAUACAUCACUUGUUCGUGAUCUUGGUCGACUCAAACCACUACCUCCAUCACCACCACCUCCACCACCAGUACCAACAAUAUCCAUGAUUUCAGGUUCAAUGUUAUCUCCAACUAUGAACAAUUUUAUUCGUUGUGCUGGUUUAUCUGGUGCAUCAGCUAUUUGUUUAGGCCUUUAUGGAGCUCAUGUGAUGAAAGAGAAUACACCAGAUGAUCUUAGACGUUUAUUUCAUUUGGCACAAACAUAUCAUUUACUUCAUUCAGUAGCUUUACUUGCUUUACCAUUAGUUCCUCGACCAAUGGUUACCGGUUCUUUAUUUCUCGGUGGUUUAGCUCUUUUCUGUGGUCCAAUGUAUUUUCAUGCUAUUCGUAAUGAUACACGACUUCGUCCUGUAACACCAUAUGGUGGUAUUCUUCUUAUUGCUGGAUGGUUAUCUAUUAUUAUAUUUUGA